UCAGGGUUUAGUUCUUCGCCGAGUAUAUUGAAUAUUUUUCAACACUCAAAGCUAAAGCUCAACCAACUAUCAAGUUUGCGUUUCUAGUUAGCUCGCCCUUCAAGAUGUUCAAGUCUCUUGGAAUACUUGUCUCGUUGCUCCUCUCUACCACUAUUGCUGCUCCGAGUCUCACCUCCUCCGCUCGUCGGUCCUGCUCAACUGCAUUUCCAUGGACCAUUGACACCUUGUCGGCUGCAACCCCUGAUACUCCAUCCAUAGGGCAUGAAUUCACCCUUGCGCGAUCUGGAAACCCCUUAAAUAAUACUGUAAUCUCCGCCAUUACCUUCUUUAUUCCUGACAACGCCUAUGGCUGCAACCUCAACAUCCAAAUCCCUAUCCUCGCUGCGAAUCAGAUAGCCAGUGGUGCUAGCUCUGCGUUGUUUUGGUCUACCGCGCCGUGGGAUAAUUAUAACAAUCUUCCCACAUGGAACAACCCCCCCGCCAUCACGACUAAUGUGGGCUCCUUCAACUUCCCUACAGUUGCUGUCACAUCACCUUACACCACGACUAUCUCAUCGAGUUCCUGUGCUAACACACUGAGCUACCUGGUCGAGCUAAGCUCCUGGCAGGGUGCUGCAGGAAGCGUGGACUUUAAUGCUCAGAAUGGACUUGGAUUUACAGUAAUUUAUAACUGCUGAGAUAACUGGAAUUAAAUGGCAAACAAUACUGUUAGCAUAGUUGGGAGCUGUGGAUGGGAAUUAUGACAAUUUGUAGGACAUACCUGGCACAGAGAUUAGGUAUAACAGAACAUUAUGUUCUCUGAUAUGCUCCUAUUUGUAGCUAGAUUGAAGUGUUACUUCACACCACAUGUUCCUC